GGCUCCUCUCCGAAACUGUAGAACGUUAAUUGCUUAUCUUCGCCCUCCCAUGUCUACUCUGUUGAACUUACUGACGUUACACACUCGCUCAGCUAAGGUCCAGGUUUUAGCUCGUUUAGCUAGUUACUGCUAGUUUGGUCCACAAGCAAUGUAAGCUACUCUACAAAAUCAACAUUUCCUUGACUUCUGCCUAAAGGUUAAACGUUGAUGUUGUGAACUGACUUGUUCGGAGGGUGUCUUAGCUCUUUAGCAACUUAGCUGGCGUUCCCUAAUAGCUGCUGCUACACACAAAAACACGACCUUAUGAACCGGAAGAUGUUACCUUGUUGAAGCAGCCGAGCAGAGCUGCAACAACGACACCAGUCUCCGGAGCAAGCCUUCAGACUGACAGUCAACAAUGGGGAAGAAAAGUCGCCUCACAGGAGGAGCAGUUGGUCGGAGAACGAUCCUACAGCUUUCACCCCCAGGGCUCCGUGGUGGGAAUGCCGGAGAAAGGGAAGAAGUACCCUCGGGAUCUGAUGAUGAACAGGAGGGUGAUGGCCACAGAUUCGUGAGAGAAAUACGCACAAACAUGAAGGCUCCUGCAGUAAAGGCCACAGAAGGGUUGUCCUUGCUUGGAGCCUAUGAGGAUAGUGAUGACGAGGAAGCUGGAGACUCUCAGCGUUCAGCAGCAAAUUCCCAACAUAACCAGUCGACCGACAUCGACAGUACAUUGGCCAAUUUCAUGGCUGAAAUUGAUGCAAUCACCACUCAGCCAAGUUUAGAUGAUGCAGCAUCUCAUUCUUCAGUCCCAACUAUCGCCCCUCCCCGACCUGAGGUUAAUACUCAGCAGCCAGCCGCCAGUGAAGAACAGAAUCAACAAAGCACAGAGUUUGAGUACAAUACUCAGUACUCACUAGCUGGAGUGGGUGUAGAGAUGGGAGACUGGCAGGAGGUUUGGGAUGAGAAUUCUGGCUGCUACUACUACUGGAACACUCUUACCAAUGAGGUGUCCUGGGAACUGCCUCACUAUCUAGCUGAUCAGGUUCAAAGCUUGGGGCAGUAUACCAACAGCACUAGUGUCAACGGCAAUGGCACAACACCUGCAGGUUAUCACACAGAGGAAAACGCUGCAUCUGUUGCAGUACCGACAUCAGUUAAAGAGACCAAAGUGAAGGAGGUAAUUGAGAGUGUCGUAGGCCUCACAAGUGAAGAGGAGGAGCGUCGCGGAGUGGCUGCAUCUCUGCUUGGUCCUCUGAUCCCCUCUGAAGUGAAAGAAGCAGAAGAAAAAUGGAGAAAAAGACUGCUUAAAAGUGUGGAUGAGCCAGAGAACAAUUUGGAUUCUGACGGAGAAGGUGUUCGCCCUGCAGCAUCCCCCUCUACCCCUCUGCAGGAACCCGACUCAGCCCCCACUGUCCAGAAAGAUCUUUGUACCAAGAAGCAGUCAGGUGACAACUCAGAUGCUGAGGAGGAGACAGAAGAGGACACAAUGGAGCUGGAACUAGCUCUGGAGAGGAAAAAGGCUGAGCUAAGGGCGCUGGAGGAGGGUGAUGGGAGUGCAGGGGGCUCCAGUCCUUGCUCUGAGACAAGCCAAGAAACCUCUGGUUCUCGUGGUCUUCCACUGAAGAAAAACCGCUGGAAGACCGCCUUCCCCUGUGCUGCCAGCCCCGACUCCAACAGCAGAGGUUCAGACCUACAGGAAAACACAGAGAUGGCACCAUCUAAAGUCCUGGAGAGUGUUGCAGAAGGAGAAGAUAAGGAAACAGACAGCUCUGAUGAGAAAACUGUUUCAAAACUUCCAGUUAAAGAAGAGGUGGAAACACCUGAGCUCAAGUUUCAGAUUGGACAACUGGCUAACACUUUAACCAGCAAGAUGGAGUUCCUGGGGAUAAACAAAAAGGCCAUCUCAAACUUUCAGUUGCUUCUGCUACAAACUGAGACUCGAAUUGCUGACUGGAGGGAAGGCGCUCUGAAUGGGGUCUAUCUUCGCCGCAGGCUGCAGGAAGCUGCCGAACACAUAAAAUAUUACGAACUUAACGCCGCCCCUAAAGGCUGGUCCUGCCACUGGGACAGAGAGCACAGGCGGUAUUUCUAUGUGAACGACCGGACCAGUGCCUCCCAGUGGGAUUUCCCAACAGAGGAGAGCAGGGACGAAGACCUGAAGGGCAGCCAAGAUAUCCAGGCACAGACGUCCAGCCAAGGGGAUACCAAAGCAUCAUCUGCAUCUGCUGGUAGGGUCACAGGGUCUUAUACCUCCGCUGCCCCACCACCAGCACCACCACCUCAGCCCAGUGCAUCAUCCCUCUGGUCCCCAUCCCAACCUCCUCUUCCUGACAGCCCACCUCCACCCUCCAACCACCCCCCUCCUCCGCCUCUCCCCCCAGGUUCACCACCUCCACCUCCUCCCCCUCCUGACAGCGAUGGAGAGAUCAUGGAGGUGGAGAUGGAGAUGGAUGAUGAUAAUGACGGGGAGCCUCCAGCCCCUGGAACUGAGGAAGACAGCAGUGGGAGGCCUCCUUUACCCCCAGGCACUGCUAACAUGAAGAUUGUGGAGUCGUCAGGCCCCUUGGGGAAGGGUCAGAAACGUAAAGCUGGCCAGCUGAAUAAAGCCAUUACUAUUGGCAGCAGUCCCAUUCUCUACACCCAGCCUGCUGCUAGUGCAGCCCCUCUAAUGUCAGCAACUGCCUACUGGGGUGUGCCGGCUGUCGCUGCCCCUUUAGCCCCUUGUGAACCUCCUCCACCUCCUGUCCCAGCCCUACCUCCUCAGCCGCCACUGCCACCAUCCCAGCCACCCUACGAACCACCUGGAGCCAAAGCUAUGCCCACAGACAAGAGCAAGAAAGCGAAAAAGGACAAGUCGAAGAAGAGCAAGAUCAAAAUGCCUUCGUUGGUGAAGAAGUGGCAGAGCAUCCAGAAGGAGCUGGAUGAGGAAGACAAGAGCAGCUCCAGUGACGAAGACAGAGAUCAGCUUAACAAGAAGAGCAUCGAGGAGUGGAAGCAACAGCAGUUCCUUUCAGGAAAAGCUUCGAAGAAUGCCAACUUUGAGGCACUUCCCGAAGACUGGCGGCAGCGACUGAAGAAACGGAAGACGACAAAUAACACGUAACAUCUGGCCUGGGUCAUACACCGCCCAGUCAACGUUUUAUAAAAUCCACUCCAACCAUUUCCAUAAGGUCAUGCUUCCCCAGCUUUAGUUUUCUCUAAUGAUAAAUGGAAUUUCUUUGCCAUUUUCCUUGAUCAUGAUGGAUACAUUUAGAGGCUCUUACAUGGCAGGCCAUUCACCAGAGGGGUUUGAAUGUCAUUUUCGUGUUUUUGUAGCCACUAUUGUAAAUGUGCCAAAUGUCUUGAGUUCAUCAGAAAUACUUCACCAUUUUGUAUAGACCCCAGUUAGAUGACCACCACAGUUUGUUUGGAGGGAUUGUCUAUUUUAUUGAGCAUUUUUACAAUUGUGUACAUAAACUGUAUAAUGGGAUAAGCCAUGUUUUUGGAAGGGGAGGGACUGCCACUGAAGUUGUACAUUUUGUAAGAAGUUAUUAAACUGUUUUUUGCAAAGC